AUGACUAUAGACAAGGCACUCUAUGAUCUAGGUGCAAGUGUAAGUCUGAUGUCUCUGUCAAUAUGUAAGAAGCUGGAUGUAAAAGAGCUUAAACCCACAACAAUUUCACUGCAACUAGCUGAUCAAUCUGUAAAGUACCCUGUGGGCAUCCUAGAAAACAUCCCCAUCAAGGUGGAAAAAUUCUUUAUCCCAUAUGAUUUUGUUGUACUGGAAAUGGAGGAGGAUGUCCAAGUUCGUAUCAUCCUGGGAAAACCUUUCUUGGCAACCGCCGGAGCUAUCAUAGAUGUUAAAAAUGGGCAGUUAAACCUCAAGGUAGGAGAUAAAGAAGUGGGAUUCAACCUGUUCAGAAUAAUUAAGCACAAACUUGAGCCUGAUGAAUGCUUAAAGGUUGAUAUAGUUAACAAGCAAGUUGAAGAGGAAUUUCAUAAAGCACAUCCCGAAGAUCCUAUUGAAGCAUGCAUAUUGUACAGCCUCGCCGAUAAUGAGAACACAGAAAUUACAGCUUAUGCACAAUCUUUAGCAACUAAUCCACCCCUACCCUUAGCUCAAGUGUUCAAGGUGGAAGAGCUAAAAGAAAAAUAG